UGUUUUUCUUAUCGGAAUCCGCUGCUCGCUUGUUACGUGAGGCCUGUGGUUCUUGGUAAAUUUGUAUAGGUUGGUUUAGGCGAUAAUGAGUUAGUGUGAUAACUAGCGAAUAUUUGUUUUAAAUAAAGAGAUCGUUGCUCUUCGUAGGUGUGUAACAGACCUUAUAAUUUGAGCCAAGGUGUUAAUUUAUACAGUUGCCUAAAAUAUGCCUCCUUUAGCACAGCCGUUGCCUAAAGAAGCAAGUGAUGAACCGUUAGGAAUAAAUGCUGUACUUCUAGGACCACCUGGUUCUGGUAAAGGAACACAGGCACCACUGCUUAAGAAUAAAUUCUGUCUUUGUCAUCUGUCCACUGGAGAUAUGUUGCGUGCAGAGGUAUCAUCCGGUUCUCCUCUGGGUCGAAAGAUAAAAACAGAAAUGGAUGCAGGAAAGUUAGUCAGUGAUGAUUUGGUUGUGAGUCUAGUGGAAUCCAACUUGGAUCGACCAGAAUGUAAAAAUGGGUUCCUUCUAGAUGGGUUUCCUAGAACCUUGCCACAAGCUGAAAAGUUGGAUAAGCUUCUGGAUAAGAGGAAACAAGCCCUUGAUGCUGUCAUUGAGUUCAGAAUUGAUGACAGCCUUCUGGUAAGGCGCAUUACAGGAAGACUGAUCCAUCCUACCAGUGGACGCUCAUACCACGAGGAAUUCCACCCUCCACGGGUGCCCAUGAAGGAUGAUUUUACUGGCGAACCACUGAUUCGCCGUGAUGAUGACAAUGUUGAUGCUUUGAAGAAACGUCUUGAGGCAUAUCAUAAGCAGACUAAACCUUUGAUAGACUACUACAGUUUUAGAGGUAUUCAUUAUCGUAUUGAUGCUGCCGAAUCAGCAGCAAAUGUCUUCGGUUGUAUUGACAAAAUAUUCCUUGAAAACUGUGCUCGCAAGAACAAGGACAAAGUUAUAUUUGUUUAAGAGGAAUAAACUUCAGUAGGUGGAAAAUAUAGAAACAGUUACAAUAUUAUUGAUUCUGAAACAGAAUUCUGCUGACAGAUUGAACCAAGUGCUGAGAUGCUGUUCUUUCAUCAUGGGUGGUAUUCAUAAAGCAUAAUAUUAUUUUCUUCCAAAACUUGCCAUUCUUAAUUCAUUGUAAUUGAAGGUCAUUCUAGAAUGGGCAUAGCAACCACUGGUCUAAAAUAUGUUUUGAAGGGCCAGUGGAAAUGGUUUCAAGAUACUUAUUUGGAGUCUUUGCAGUGGUAUACAAAAGCCAGUACUCUUAAAAAUUAGUGUUAGCACUGUUAACAGCAGAAUGUUGAAUAAGAAUUAUAAAAUAAGAAAAUCUUGCCUUCAUUACUUAUUUAUCAACACAGUAUUUUUACAUGCAUUUCAGUCAACAUAGGAUUAUCAUCAGCAGUUCAUUAUGUGUCAGUGCCAAUGUUAGUUUUGCCUGUAUACAAUAAUCAUUUACAAAAUUGCCUUAAAAUUGUUUUUAUAUAUUGUGCUUGUUAAGUGAGUGUGUGGUUAGUCAACAGAAUAGAGAUACAGCAUUCCAUGUACAUAAAUAGUUUACACUGGAUGUCCAAAUAGGCAGUUAACCAUAAAAUCAUUUAUCAUGUAUUAAUAUUUUAAAAACAAUUUCUGUUAAGACAUUUUUGUGAAUGGUUGAUAUGUUAACUGCCACAUGACUAUAUAUAGUCAUGUCCCAACCUUUUAGGUUAGGUAGUUUGACACUCAUCAGAAAGCAAGACCUCAGUUGCUCCAAGAUUUGCUUCAGCUUUCAGAGCCUCAGAUGCCCUCACAUGUUACAAGGAAAACUGCUGUGAGAGAAAGAAAGUAGCUCUCAGAAUUUCUCUAGAAAUAUAUUUAAAGGGAGGUUUACCCAAAUGGUUCAUUAUCAUCAGCCUCUACAGCCAUUGAAAUUUCUCAGCAUUCCCUUUCCAGUCGCCUCACUCUCCCAUACCUCUUUCUACAAAAGUUACCACUUCCCGCAGGGCAGUGUUAGUACUCAAACUGUCUAUUUGUUACCCACUUUGAUUGUUUUUUUUUUUUGCAUUGUUUUGUUAAUUGUAUUCAAGUAAUACUGCUGUCUUGUUAUUAAUCCCAGAUGUGCUAUAAUUGAGCUUGAUUUUAAAUUAAACAGGCUGUUGUGGCCGACUUGCAAACCUGAUCACCAUUUAUGACACUGUGUCUAUGGACAGUUGAGUUCUGAGCAAAGGGUAUAUAACACAUACAUAAUUUGUGUCCUUCCUGUACAUUAAUUUAUGUUGUAAAACUAACACAUGUUGCCAGUUGGUAGACAGUUAAUUUUGUCAGGAACUUUAUCACUUCAUCUCAUUUGCACUUGGUUCUGUGUUUUACUUAGCUUUGGUGCUCUCAUGUUGGAGUAUCUGCUUGCCAUGAUUUGAUCCAAUCUAUGGGUGGGUUUACGGUAGUAGUAAGAGUUUAUCUGUAGGAUACUUACACAACCAGAAACAUAUAGUUUUCCAGUGAUAUCCCAAGUCUUGUUAAUUAUAUUUUGCCUCUCAUUUUCCCUGAGAGGUAGCACAAAAUAAUUGGCAUUGUUUUCUGCACACCUGGGGGAGGUUAUUUUUUGAAAGGGGGGAUCAUACAUGAUGUAUAUGGUAUUGGGGAAGAUAUUAAAGGUGAAUAUUUUUGUUAAUGUUCCCCAGUAUUGAAGAGUAUUUGCUGAAUAUUUUUUUUUAUAAAUAUAAAAUAUUGCCUCAG